CGGGCGUGUCCCAGGAUGCACUGCGCGGGGCUGGCUCCUGCCCACAGUUGAGCUCGGCCUCCUCCUCCGUCUCCUCGGUGGAGCAGAGCGGAGCAGAGUGGCGGCCCCGGUGGGUCUCGGACGAGUCAGGCGAGGCUAUUUUCUCCCCGUUCUUCUCGAGCCGUCGUGAUAGCCUUCCUCCCCCCUGACCGGUGGGGCACUUGAGCCCGGCGGAACAUGCGGCUCCAGUUGCCCCGCGGCGAGGCCGGCGAGUGAGAAAGAGAGGGAGGGAGGGAGGACGGUGGGGCCUCCUCUCGCCCCCAACCUGCUGGGCCCGGGGCUAUUCCUCCCCCAGGGAGGCAAUGACAGCGGCUCCGGGACCGUCCCCGCAGCAGAUCAGGGACCGGCUGCUGCAGGCCAUCGACCCCAACAGCAACAUACAUAACAUGGUGGCAGUACUAGAAGUGAUCUCCAGCUUGGAGAAAUACCCCAUCACCAAAGAGGCACUUGAGGAAACACGGCUGGGGAAGCUCAUCAAUGACGUGAGGAAGAAAACCAAGAAUGAGGAGCUUGCUAAACGGGCCAAAAAACUGUUGCGGAAUUGGCAGAAGCUGAUUGAGCCUGUUUCACAGAACGAAGCCACCUUGAGAGGAUUGCCAAAUCCCCCUGGAUCAGCCAACGGUGGAGCUCACAACUGCCGAGUGGAAACUGGGGCCCUGAUUGGAUCUAAACCCAUUCAAGAUGUGAAGAAUAGAAAUGAUGUCCAAAAGCUGCACUCUCCAAAGCCAGGGAACCGGAAGAGGCAAGGUGAGCCCAAGGAUGGUCUCCCUCUGCCGCUGCCAAAAGUUUCCAAAGCCAGUUAUGAAGUAUUACAAAACUCUUCUCCGCCUCCCACCAAUGGGAUUGGUGGAAGCCCAGAGAGCUUUCCUAGCCCUCCAGAUGUGAGUCUUCUCCCAGGGCCAGAAGGCAACAGGGAUGAGGUGAGUGAAAAUGAUAAGCCCAGCAAGAUCCCCAUCAAUGCAGUGCGGCCUCACACCAGCUCUCCGGGACUCUUCAAAACUUCCGGGACAUCCUUACUGCUGAAAACGGCAGUGCUGCAGCAGCAGCAGCAGCAUGACAAAGCAGAGGAGGCUGCUGCCAACCAACCUAGGAGUCCCCGUUGCUCCUCAUUCAGUCCCAGGAAUGUCAGGCUGGAAACAUUUGCUCGGCAACACACCACAUACUCCCCCAAGAAUUUGACGCUUACCCCAUGCCCAAGGCCCCCUCUUCUGGAUGUUCCAGUGCCCUUAUCGCCACCUCCCCCCUCUCUAGUACAGCUGUCGCCACAGCCAUCACUAGCAAAGAGACUGGAGGCAUCUCAUCAAGUGGACCCUGAAGCACCCCUUCACGAUCAGGAGCAUCCAAGGGUGCCCGAGGGCCAGCUUCAGCUCAGCGCAGGAGCCUCUCCCGGCAGUGGAGCGGGCUCCCAUUCAGUAGAGUCUUUGGCACCCUUGGUUGACUUAUCCCCAGAUGCUUCAAGGAUGGACAGUGACAGUGCUGCCUCAGGGUCCGACAGCAAGAAGAAGAAAAAGUACCGGCCCAAAGACCAUGCAGUCAACUUGGACGGGCAGCUGAUGGAAGGCGGGGUCAAGCCUGUACGGUUAAAAAAAGAGCGGCGACUGACUUUUGACCCCAUGACGGGCGAGAUCAAGACUUUAGCACAGAGGGACUCUUUGCAGGUGGAUCUUCCUGCUCUUGCUGAGCAGCACAGGACAGGCACAGAUAAGCAGGAGCCGAAGCCACCUCUGCAGAGUCCCUUUGAACAGACGAAUUGGAAAGAAUUGUCCCGGAACGAAAUAAUUCAGUCCUAUUUAAACAGGCAGAGUAGUUUGCUGUCCUCCUCAGGGGUGCAGACUCCAGGGGCUCACUACUUCAUGUCUGAAUAUUUAAAGCAGGAGGAAAGCACUAGGAGAGAAGCCCGGAAAACUCAUGUCCUGGCUCCACACAGCAAACCUGCAGACUUGCCUGGGGUAACACGGGAGGUGACCCAGGAUGACCUUGACAGGAUAUGCAGCCAACACUGGCCUGGCGUGAAUGGAUGUUAUGAUACACAGGGUAACUGGUAUGAUUGGACGCAAUGCAUAUCGCUCGAUCCACAUGGGGAUGAGGGGCGCCUGAACAUCCUGCCUUACAUCUGCCUAGACUGAGUACAAUUUUGCUAAGAUGCUUUUUUUACACUGGCAGGUUAGUAAAGUGGGCAGGUGCUGUGCCAUCCCCCAUCUACCCCCCCAUCACACUGAAAGAGGCUCACAAAGCAGAGAGGGUGUGUCAGAGAGCUGGACGCUGGCAGUUUCUUCUUUCCUGUUAAAUUUUAUUUUUAUUUUUAUUUUAUUUUUUUUGUGAAGUGCUGCUACCAGUUUACUAACAAAAUUGCAAAGGGAGGCAUAACAAAAGGUUUGAUUAAAAAAAAAACAAGUAGAGUUCUGAACUCUAGCAAGCCAGCU